AUGGGAAUGGUUGGAAAUUGGGGUAUCCUCUUUGCUUUCACUGCAUGGCGAAUGUGGGGAUGGAAGAAUGACCGAGUUUUUAACCAACGGACACUAAGUUGUGAGACGCGAUACACAACUCUAAUUCAUUUCAAUAAUGGUGAUGGUAGCCCCCCCCAGGGCAGGCUCGGAAGGCAAGAUGGCCAGACAAAAGGUUUCGUUAUGCGUCUGCUGAAAUACGCUAUCGGCCUCCAGCUCCAUGACCGCCCCACCCUGGAACACAAGUUUCAUGGUCGGGAAACCAUCUCUGGUGACGACCCCAUUGUAGCAAAACCUCGUGAGCUUAUUUCGGCUGGUAUAUGCGGUCUCGAGGUCGAUCACAACAUUGGAUGGCAUAAAGCUGAGAGUCGAACCGGUGUCCAAAACAACCCCACCAGUGUACUCGGAGCUGUUUCUUGUGAAAAUAAGCGGGUCGAGCUCAAACAAGCUCUCGCCAACCAUAAUUGUUUCCAUGUUUACAUAGUAUUUGUCCUCGAGGACCAAAGGUGUCAAAUUACCCCAAAGCUCAACCUUGCUCCCUACGACCAAUGUGCUAUGGGGAUACGACCUGUCGCUUAUCUUCCCAAAACAAUAAGAGAACCUGCUGGCAUUCUCCGGCACAUUGAGAAAACACGGCACACAAUUGAUCCAGAUCAGACUGCUCCCCGUGUCCAUGAACACAAAUUGCUCAACCCCAUUGGACCCGACUCGCAUCCGGACAAGAAAGCCGUCCUUUACGGUGGCCGGAGUAAGAUCGGCCUCAAUGUCAUCCAAGUGAAACAAAUUGGUAGUCAGAUAGAGUCCGCGGGAUAUUGA